ACGUUCUGAAAAGAUGAAAAAAGAUAUUGGAUAAUAUUGAGGAAGAUGCCACAAAAAGAACUUUAGGAGGCCAAUGUCACUGAAAGUGCAUAAAUUUGCAGGCGAUAUUCUGCAUUGUAAACGCUGAAGGCAGAGAGAGAGAAAAUCUGUGGGCAGUUGGAAAUGUCAAUUCUCCAACAGCGACAGGGGAUAAAUUUACUCGAAGAGUGAAAGUGAUCAUCAGUCAAAACAACCUUCUUGUGUGGACUGGACGCACUUUAGUGCUAAAGUGACACACAGCACAAUGGGCAGUUGGGUGGAACAGACGGUGAGCAGAUUUCGGGGAUUGGAUUUGCAACGCCUCAGCAUCGAUGAGGCCUUUGUCAACGUGUCCUCGCGCCUCCAGACGCCCGUCUGGAUGUACUCCCUGUCCGACGAAUGCCAUCGCUGCCCGUACAGUCGCGUCCAGGAGAUCCGCCGUCAGCAUGUUCUGCGCGUGUCCACGAAGUAUGGUGUGAACUGGAGGUUCUUUGACAAGGACGUGGGGCCUUACACACUGGAGGCGUCCACGGAGGCGCGUGUUGUGUGCGAUCUGCGACCGGAUAUGGGGGAGUUUGGCGUGUAUGAUGUGCUCAUUGAUGACACGGAGAAGUGCGCUGUGACCACUGCUCUCGAGCCAGUCAACAUUUAUUUGCCCUUCGUAGUCUUCAUCAUUAUUCUACUGUGUUUGAUUAUCUCAAUCCGAGGCAUUUGCAUCGCCAAGCACUACUAUCGUCGAAGAUCAGAGGAAAAUGCCGAGGAGGAACAACAGGCAAGCAGCGAAAUACCAGCCAGAAGGAGACUGCGAAGUCUGGACACAUUCCGUGGUCUGUGCAUAGUGUUGAUGGUGUUCGUCAACAGCGGAGCCGGUGGAUAUACACAAUUGGAGCACGCCACAUGGAAUGGUAUCCACUUUGCUGACGUCAUCUUUCCCUGGUUUCUCUGGAUCAUGGGUGUUUGCAUUCCGAUGUCAGUGAAAUCUCAGCUGGUGCGCAAUGCCACGAAGAAGGAUAUGUUGCUGAAUGUGCUCAGGAGAUCUAUUACUCUCUUCGCCAUUGGUGUGUGCCUGAACACAAUUUGGGGAGCACAACUGGAGAAUUUGCGCAUAUUUGGAGUACUGCAGAGAUUUGGCGUGGCGUAUUUCGUCGUGGCCAGUCUUCACAUUAUCUUCAGGAAAAUCGGAAGUCUUCCGCCGCAGAAUGCGAUUGCGAGAGCGGUUUAUGAUAUCAGAUUACUACUAGCUGAGUGGGGAGUGAUGUUGCUCAUUGUAGCUGUGCAUCUGAUCCUUGCCUUUGGCUUGUCGGUGCCUGGGUGUGGACGUGGAUAUCUGGGUCCAGGAGGAAUGCAUGAAAUGCUGAGAUACAAUCACUGCAUCGGGGGAGCAACGGGAUACAUUGAUAGGCUGAUAUUGACCACAAGUCAUAUUUAUCAGCAUCCGACUGCGGUGAAGGUGUACGGAUCGAGUGCAUUUGAUCCAGAAGGGGCUUUCGGAUGUCUCCUGACAAUCUUCCAAGUAUUUCUGGGCGUGCAGUGUGGCGCAAUCUUGCUGGUGCACUCGGAUUGGCGAUCAAGGGUGAAGCGCUGGACAGUGUGGGGUGCUGUGCUGGGAAUUGUCGGUGCGGCGCUGUGUGAAUUCAAGAAAGAGGACGGACUGAUUCCGAUCAACAAGAAUAUGUGGUCAUUGUCAUUCGUGCUUGUGACCUCAGGACUAGCUUUCAUCCUUCUGGCCGCCAUGUAUGUGGUAGUGGACGUGAGAGCGAUCUGGCGAGGAGCUCCGCUGGUGUAUGCAGGAAUGAACGCCAUCGCAAUCUAUGUGGGGCACCAGGUGUUCCACAAGAUGCUACCUUGGCACUGGAGCAUCGGCGCCAUGAAUACCCACUUCGUGCGUCUGUUGGAAAGUGGCUGGACGACGGCGCUGUGGGUGGGAAUUGCAUAUUAUCUGUACAAGCGAAAACUCUUCUACAGCGUGUGAAACCGCAGUAUUUCUCUCUCUUACCUUCUCGUAAGCUACCCAAGUAGAAAGCUCCUUUUGUUGCAAUUCUUUUUCAAUACAAUAUCUUUUUUUGUACAUGGGUAAUUCCACAUUAGUUUC